CUUCUUGUUUAUCAGAUGCAUCAUUCUUGCCUAUAGUGCUCAGAGAAAAACCAUGAACCCUGAAAAACACCAUAUUGUUUUGUGAUGUCACCUCUGGAAUGUUCUGAGUGUUUUGGUGACCAGCUUCUGCAUAGGACCUAUACCUGGCACCUUACAUUGCACUCAAGGCCAAACUUUACAAGAAAAAAAGACACCAGAUAUGAGAGCCUAGAAACCCCAACCAAUGUGGUUCUGCCUCAGAGUCACCUAAGGCCCCAUUGGAAGACCAUGGCCAUGCAACCAGAAGGGUUGAAAUGUAGGAUGGAGGAAUCCAAUGCCGAGAGGGGCACUGCUGAGCCCUUCCUGAGGCUCCACAGCCUGUACUCCACCCCUCGCUGUUCGCGGCAGGCCCAGGCGGCCGCCCUGCCCCGGCUGGGCCGCCGGGUGGUCAGCCAGCACUCCUACCCGCUCAACCGCUUCUCCUCCGUGCCUUUCGAACCCAUGGAGCGCCCCACCUCCCAGGCCGACCUGGAGCUGGAUUACAACCCGCCGCGGGUGCAGCUCAGUGACGAGAUGUUCGUGUUCCAGGACGGAAGGUGGGUGAACGAGAACUGUCGCCUCCAGUCCCCUUACUUCUCUCCUUCUUCCUCCUUCCACCACAAGCUGCACCAUAAGAGGCUGGCCAAGGAGUACCUGCUGCAGGAGGAGAACCGGGCCCUGCGCGAGGAGAACAAGGCCCUGCGGGAGGAGAACAAAGGCCUCCGCAAGGAGAACAAGAUCCUGCAGGUCUUCUGCGAGGAGCACAAGGCCGCCCUGGGCCGCGAGGAGAGCCGCGCCUCCUCCCCACCGCUGCACAAGGACAACGCGUCGCUGGAGGCGGUCAAGAAGGACAACGCGGCCCUGCCGUCGCAGUGCAGCAAGGAGAACAGCACGCUGCAGCUCCUCCGGGAGGAGAACCGAGCCCUGCAGCAGCUGCUGGAGCAGAGGCAGGCCUAUUGGAGCCAGGCCGAGGACAAGAGCACCUCUGCGGAGGACAGCAAGCCAGUGCCCUCUCCCCACCAGGAGCCGCACGGGCCUGGACUGCUGCCCGACCAGAGCCCGGGCCUUUCCUCUCCCUUUGAAGAGCCCAAAGGACCCUCGAGCCCGCAAGAGGACUCCAAGACCCUGCGGGCCUUGAGGGAGAUGGUCAGCAACCUGUCGGGGCCUUCCAGGGAGGAAGAGGGCAAGACGGUCACCAGCCUGGUGGGUGGAGAGCAGCCCCUGCAGCUGAUGAGAGAGAUGAGCCAGGCGCUGCAGGCCCUGCGCGAGGAGAAUCGGCUCUUGCAGGAGGAGAACAGGGCCCUGCACGUGCUCCGCGAGGAGCAUCGCGUCUUCCAGGAGGAGAACAAGGCCCUGUGGGAGAACAACAAGCUGAAGCUGCAGCAGAGGCUGGUCAUCGACACGGUGACCGAGGUCACCGCCCGCAUGGAGAUGCUCAUCGAGGAGCUCUAUGCCUUCAUGCCGUCCAAGAACAAGGACCUCAAGAAGCCCAGCAGGGUCUGAGGCCUUAGCAGUGGACCAGGGACACGAAGUUCAGGCACAGAACACCUCACCGGGCCCAAGAAAAUCCCCCUCUUUCCCUCGUUGUCCUUGCCUUUGCCCACCAGUGUGUGCCUGCUGCAGAGAGGCGUUAAGGGACCUCCUAAACUCAGAGAAGAAAUAAAGGCCUAGGAGGCUGGGAUUAGCCAACACCAGCAUGCCA